AUUCAAAAGGCCCAGGUUUUCAAAAAAGCAAAUAUAGAGCUUUCCCCUUCGCCUCCGCGCCGCCGCCGCCUCUGUCCGUUCCGCCGUGGUUUGCGCCGCCCGUCCGCCGCCGCCGGCGGCCGUACUCCGUGUAGCCUACUCGUCGCUGCUCGAGCUGAAAGCCCAGGGUCAGGGAGGGUGGUGCCCACAGCUACGCACAAACAAUGGAGGGCAAAGAGACCAAGAACACCGUCGCUGCCGCUGCCUCCUCCUCCCCUCUCUUCUCCUUCUCCAACUCCAACGCUUCCUUCGGCUUCGGCUUCGGCUUCAGCGCGUCAUCCGGACCUCCUCCGCCGCCGCCGCCGCCAGCCGUCGAGGUGCUCCUCUCCGAGGAAUCGCCCGUCGCGGCCGGCGAAUUGGAGCCUGUGGUGAUUGAUGACUCCCUGUCGAUUUACAAGGGGAGAGCAAGUACUUCUGAUGUUUUUGGAGUCAAAAACUCUGAUUUAGUCCCAGGGAAAUAUGAAGGUGGGUUGAAGCUCUGGGAAGGUUCACUAGACUUGGUGAAGACUUUAAACUCAGACAUCAAAGAAGACCGAUUGCUUUUAGAAGGCAAACGUGUAUUGGAGCUAGGAUGUGGACAUGGCCUCCCUGGUAUCUAUGCUAUUCUUAAGGGUGCUGUUCUAGUCCACUUCCAAGAUUUCAAUGCUGAGGUCCUUAGAUGCCUUACCAUACCAAAUGUAAAGGCUAAUCUAUUGAAGGAAUCAUCUGAAGAAAAGUUUACAUCUGGUAGUGUUGGUUUCUUUGCUGGUGACUGGAGCGAAAUUGACAGUCUGCUUCUUCGUGGAGAUGCUGACCUGGAUAAAUCAACCAACAGUCAUGAAAACGAUACAGCGUAUAAUGGCUAUGAUAUCAUCCUUAUGGCUGAGACUGUCUAUGCAGUAUCUUCCCUCCCUAAUCUCUACAGGCUCAUCAAGAAGUGCCUGCGCUACCCUGGAGGUAUAGUUUACAUGGCGGGUAAAAAGCAUUACUUCGGAGUAGGUGGUGGCACAAGGCACUUUGUUCGCUUGGUUACAGAAGAUGGGGCCAUGCAGUCCGACCUACUUGCUGAAGUUGCUGAUGGAUCAUCGAAUGUUCGGGAGGUUUGGAAAUUAUCGUUCAAAUAGACUAGUAUUCUGCUUGUGAUCGUUGAAGAAACCACAAACAUGUACUGGCUCCAUAUUGGUCGAGUGGAAGCCUUAGUUUAGGUGUUUCUUGUUCUAUUAAUGUACUGGGUCAGUUCUGAGAUAAUUGCUACCUCUUUUCAGAGGUCUUAUAUUGAAUACAGGAACAUCCUUUUACUCUUUGAAAAACUCAUCUAAGUAAGUUUUACUGAGAUCUUGAUAGUUACCA